CUUUGUAUCCUCAGUGUGUGGCACAAUUCCUGAUACACAAGUCAAGGUGAAUUUUGGGACAUGGCCACUGCUUCACCAAGGUCUGAUACUAGUGAUAACCACAGUGAAAGGUUACAGCUAAAGGUAACUGUUUCUAGUGCCAAACUAAAAAGAAAAAAAAACUGGUUUGGAACAGCAAUAUAUACUGAAGUCGUUGUAGAUGGAGAAAUUAAGAAAACAGCAAAAUCCAGUAGUUCUUCUAAUCCAAAAUGGGAUGAGCAGCUGACUGUAAAUGUGACCCCACAGACCACCUUGGAGUUUCGAGUUUGGAGUCACCAUACUUUAAAAGCAGAUGCUCUGUUAGGGAGAGCAACAGUGGACUUGAAACAAGUGCUAAUAACACACAACAGGAAAUUAGAAAAAGUGAAAGAAAUAUUAAAACUUUCCUUGGAAAACAAGAAUGGCAUAAUGCAAACUGGUGAAUUGACAGUUGUGCUUGAUGGAUUAGUGAUUGAGCAAGAAAAUCUAACAAACCACAACUCUUCUACACCCAUAGAAAUACAGCAGAAUGGUGAUGCCUUACAUGAAGAUGGAGACCCUUCAAUACAGACAGCUGCCAGGUUGACUGUUGAAAGUACUAUUGGAGUAGAUAAUCAUGUACCAACAAAUACUGUUGUUUCCAACUCAUGCUGUUCACAUGUAGUUAAUGGAGAAAACACACCUUCAUCCCCGUCUCAGGUUGCUGCCAGACCCAAAAAUACUCCAGCUCCAAAACCACUCUCAUCUGAGCCCGCCAGUGACACAGUUAAUGGAGAAUCAUCUUCAUCUGUCCUAGCUGAUAAUUCUUCCACCAUGGGUACUCCACUACCAUCUGAAGAAACCACCUCUACUUCCAAUUGCACUAGCACCACCACCCAAGAGCCUCCUGUCCAAGAACCCCAGGCAUCCUCAGAACACAGUGAAUGUAUUCCUUCUACCAGUGCCGAAGUGGGACCAGAAGCUCAGAGCCUCAUAGACCCUGACUCUGAUUCCAGAAACAAUUCUGGUUUUGACAAAGUAAGGCAGCCAGAAGGGUUUUCAGAACCUCUGCGGCCACGGUCUAGAAAUGCCAACACAGAAUCUUUGCCCUCAGGAUGGGAACAGAGAAAAGAUCCUCAUGGUAGAACCUAUUAUGUGGAUCAUAAUACUCGAACUACCACAUGGGAGAGACCACAGCCUUUGCCUCCAGGAUGGGAAAGAAGAGUUGAUGAUCGUGGAAGAGUUUAUUAUGUGGAUCAUAACACCAGAACAACCACAUGGCAGCGGCCUACCAUGGAAUCUGUUCGAAAUUUUGAACAGUGGCAAUCUCAGCGGAAUCAAUUGCAGGGAGCUAUGCAACAAUUCAACCAACGAUACCUCUAUUCGGCUUCAAUGUUAGCUGCAGAAAAUGAUCCAUAUGGACCUUUACCACCAGGAUGGGAAAAAAGAGUGGAUUCAACAGACAGAGUUUACUUUGUGAAUCAUAAUACAAAAACAACCCAAUGGGAAGACCCCAGAACUCAAGGCUUACCAAAUGAAGAACCCCUGCCAGAAGGCUGGGAAAUCAGGUAUACUCGGGAAGGUGUUAGGUACUUUGUUGAUCAUAACACAAGAACAACAACAUUCAAAGAUCCUCGCAAUGGGAAGUCAUCUGUAACUAAAGGUGGUCCACAGAUUGCUUACGAACGCAGCUUCAGGUGGAAGCUUGCUCACUUCCGUUACUUGUGCCAGUCUAAUGCACUACCCAGUCAUGUAAAGAUCAAUGUGUCCCGACAGACUUUAUUUGAAGAUUCCUUCCAACAGAUCAUGGCAUUAAAACCAUAUGACUUAAGGAGGCGAUUAUAUGUAAUAUUUAGAGGAGAAGAAGGCCUUGAUUAUGGUGGCCUUGCAAGAGAAUGGUUUUUCUUGCUUUCCCAUGAAGUAUUGAACCCAAUGUAUUGCUUAUUUGAGUAUGCAGGCAAGAAUAACUAUUGUUUACAGAUAAAUCCAGCAUCAACCAUAAAUCCUGAUCAUCUUUCAUACUUCUGUUUUAUUGGUCGCUUUAUUGCAAUGGCACUAUUCCAUGGAAAGUUUAUUGACACUGGCUUCUCUUUACCAUUCUACAAGCGUAUGCUAAGUAAAAAACUUACUAUUAAGGAUUUGGAAUCUAUUGACACUGAAUUUUAUAACUCCCUUAUCUGGAUAAGAGACAACAACAUUGAAGAAUGUGGCUUAGAAAUGUAUUUUUCUGUUGACAUGGAGAUUCUAGGAAAAGUUACUUCACAUGAUCUGAAAUUGGGAGGUUCCAAUAUCCUGGUGACUGAAGAAAACAAGGAUGAAUAUAUUGGCUUAAUGACAGAAUGGCGUUUUUCUCGAGGAGUACAAGAACAGACCAAAGCUUUCCUUGAUGGGUUUAAUGAAGUUGUUCCCCUUCAGUGGCUACAAUACUUUGAUGAAAAAGAAUUGGAGGUUAUGCUGUGUGGCAUGCAAGAGGUUGACUUGGCAGACUGGCAGAGAAAUACUGUUUACCGACAUUAUACAAGAAACAGCAAGCAAAUUAUUUGGUUUUGGCAGUUUUAAUCGCUUGGAUCUACCACCAUAUAAGAGUUAUGAACAACUAAAGGAAAAACUUCUUUUUGCAAUAGAAGAGACAGAGGGAUUUGGACAAGAAUGAAUGUGGCUUCUUGUCUUGGAGGAGCUCUUGCAUUUGGAUAACACAGCCAAGAAAAAUUGCACAGAUAGUGUAUAUAAGCUGUUCAUUCUGUACAGAUAAUUUUCUGAUUCUCUCAAAGUAUAAAUGGUUUCCGUUCUUCCACAGAAAUAUGCAAAACAUUUCAUCAUUUUCUACUUUAUUUAUUGUUCCCUUGAAAUGACUGACCAGGAAAAAAGAUCAUCCUCAAAUUUUGAAGCAAGCAAGAGAAUUUAUUAAGAAGUAUAUAUCUAUAUAGGCAUAUGACAGUGGCUCUAGUUUUAUAGAGCGCCAAGUGUAUUAGACAUGGCAGCCAUUCAUUCACAAAGCUCUGGAUUUGCUUUGCCUUGUUCCUGUUGUCCAGGGGAAAGUGCAAAUGUUCCAUUUCUUCUCCCUAGGUGAUAUCUGAUUGUUUUUAGUUGCAUGGCUGUUCAGGAAGGUAUUUAGGGCUUAGGCCAACUCUUACUUUAAGUGUAUUUUUAAAAUGCUGCUGGCUUUUCUGAAAACAAGUACUUCAACUUAGAGUUCUAAAUGAAUAGAUAAAAAAAUUUCCCAUCAUUGUUAUAUCAAUAAAUACGAAAGUCAUGUAGGAGAUCCAGUAGUGUCUAGGAGCAGCUGGAAUUGAUUUGCUGAGAAGCAGAGGUCUAUUUACAUGUUACUUUACGAUGCUGGGUAUUUGUGGAAUUUCAAAGAAUCAGGCAUUUCUGUACUUAACCUUUUUAAAACUUGUAAUGUUCUUCAAGUUUAAUUAAUAAUUGAUAGUUUAAUACUUAGGGGUAUAAUAAAGGGUACUGAACUUUGAUGCUUUUGUGCUCAAGGUUUAGUUUUAUGAAAUUAGAAAUGUAAUUAAACUAAAUGGAUUGAAAAGUUGCGUUAAGUAUUUGAACACUCACACUAAGAACUUUCUGUUAGUGUUUGAAUAUCCCCCUUCCUUUAAAAUUCAUGAAAAUUGUUUCUAAAUUUAGUAAGUACAUAAAAAAUCCUUGUGCCCCUAUUUUAUAUAGUUCAACUUUUCUCCAAAUAACACUGAUUUUCAUUAUAAGGGCAUUCAUGGUGUAUGAAAAAAUUAAAAUCUAAUGUGAAUGAUAUUGCUACUUUUAGCAAACUGGGCUUCCUAAUUAAUAAAAAAAUUAUUUUCCAUUUUUAUCCUUUCAAUAUGCACUGCGAAGUUCAUAUACUUAAAAUUUUAUAACUAUGAAAUUCACUUAGAAUUACAACUUCUAUUCACUAGUUUAGUUUUGCCAAGAUUUUAUUUUUCUACAUAUUUAGAUUAUGUUCUUCAGUUUUAUUCAAAAAACAAUAAAAGCAGUAAUUUACUUAGUUGGGUAAACUACAGAAAAUCUGGUUAUUUUCAGGCUUAAAGAUUUUUUGUUUUAUUCCUAAUAUAUGGCAAGUUAUAUAGUAGAAGAUGGCCAGUCUUCAAAAGUACUGCAUAAAUUAUUCUGUAAAAUAAUAAACUUGCUAUGACCCAAAGUAUUGGCUUUCAUUCAGUGGAGAUAUUUGAGACAUCAUUUUGUGGAUAUGAUUCAAGGUGCUGUCAGGUAGGAUUUCAGGGAGCUGGUCCUUUUUGUUACAUCACACAGCCUACAAAAACAAACCAGUUUUCUGGGGAAAACUAGUUUGCAGACCUCAUCAGGCUCUUCUAUCUUUCAUAGCCAGUUAUAUUUGUAAGACAUACAGGCUUGCCUUAUCUUCUCAGUAGUGAACAUAAAAGUCAGAAAUGUGUUCUCCUCCUGCCUUCUUCUAUCCUUCCCAUCCCUAUUCUGAACUGGACCCAUGACACAGUCAUGAGAAAAUGGGAGAUGAGGGAAACUUAGUGACAGGUUAAUGAUACUUUUUAAUAGUGACAGUUCCCAACAUCACCAAGCAAUUGAGCCUAGGGAAUGGCUUAAAACAAUUUUAUCAAUCAGCUCAGCCAUCUAUCUUUGCGGAAACAAAUUACUAUUUGUUUUUUUUUUAUCAUUUUUUCUAUACUUCCUAAGCAGUUGAAAAUGAAAAUGUAACUGUUUCCCCAGCUGACUUCAAUUAUCUGCCUAGUUCUCCAAAAAAAACUAAAUAAGGUGUUGUAUAUCUAUCAUUUCAUUGCAGACGACCUUGCUAAUGCAUGGGGUUGAAAAAGACCCUAAUUAGUAAGCUGCUUCUGAACUGAAAAAGCACAUGUUAUCAGGGAACAAUAACUGGGGUUUCCCUGAAUCUGAAAACUCUUUCAGUCAUAUGCACUGAGCUAUCACUUUAGGAGACUCUGGUUCUUGGAGAACCAUGUAGAUACUCCUGCUACAUUAAUGCUACAUGUUCAUUUUCUGAAAUGAGGCCUAACCUUAUCCUGUGGCUAGUCAUGUUCCCUACACUACAGUAUUCUGAGUAAACUGAAACAAAUGCAGAUUGUAGGCUUCUUGAGUUUUAACAUUUAAUUAAACAUUAACAUGAUCUAGUAAACACUGAAAAAGCAAAACAAAACAGUUGUUGGAACAGGAAAUAAAAGUUCUAAUAUAACAUGCCCUACUUCUUAAUCUGUCAAACAUAGAAAUCAAGUUUCACAUCAACUGGGAAUUUGACAUAAGUCUAAAAGUACUAUUUUCUAAAUUCUUAAAAGCUCUACUCCAAAAUUCAACCAAGGAGAAUGCAAUUGAAAUGAUGAUAGCAUUUUUUUUAAGUACUAAUUCUAUGCCUUUCCCAUGAACUAUUCUCUUGGUCCUUGUUAAGGAUGAGACAAAUCUGACAAGCUAUGUUGUACCAUCCAUUGCUUGUUGAUGAUCUACACUGGGAAUAUUUUGUCAUCAAGAAGUGACAAGUUCACUACCAAUAUGAGGGAAAAGAAGACAACCAAAUAACCAGCUUUCCCCUGCUGUGCUCAGAGGCCUAGGUUCCCCUAUUCACUGCACUACCAAUAAACAAAUCCAAAUUCAGGUUUCAUACAAUCCUAAAGGUAGAAGACACACUUAAGGAGAGGGAAAUCACCCAUUGCCUGUAUCUGUAAUAUGUUUAGUAUAUAGAAUACAACAAACUCUGUAUGGGGAAAUUAGCUUUUUCAAAUAAAAUGAGGACUGGAAUGCACACAAAAACAGAGAUAGGAAUUUUACAAGAAGGUGAAAUAAUGGCAUUAAAGGGAGCAUGUGCUGGCUGAGUAGUGGUCUCAUCCUUGGGCACACAUCAAGAACCAAGGUGAUACCUUAUGAAUAAGGCUCUUGGAAGUGAAAACAAGGACUUAGAAAAUACACAGAAUUUGUGUCCUGGUCAUUUUUCCCAUGAAGGAAAAUAAGUAUACAUAAAACUUAGGUCAUAUUUACAAUUAGCAUAUAUUCACUAUACAAAAUAAUGGGUUUCACUGUGAUAUUUUCACAUGUGCUCUGACAUGUCCAGCCCACCAUAAUCUCCUUCCUCUUCCCAAGUAAUCUGCCUUCUACUUUCAUGUCAUUUGUUUGUUUGUUUGUUUGUUUAAUUUGGAUCCACAUGCAGUAUCCAUGUGAGCUUCUAUAGGCUUUACAAGAUCAUCUUCAGUUCCAUCCUUUUGGCAGCAAAUGAGGUAAUUUCACUUUUUAUGGCUGAAUAAAAACUGGUUUGUUAAUAUGUA